GGCCCAGAUAAGCCCGUCCAUAUUCCAAUAAAUGAAUUGCAACUUCAUCAUCGUUCCUCGCUCUCUUUUCCAAUCUUCUUCUUCUUCGUAUUAAUCAUAUAGAACCCUAACCCUAGCUCCAGCUCAACAAACCGGAAUUGCUGCUAAUCGAUGGCAGAGGUGAAAGAAGAUGAGGUUUUAGUAGAAAAUACUACUAAUAAUACUAAAUAUGAUUUUAUCGAGGAAAUGGAUCCUUAUUGGGAUGGUAAAACAUUCCCAUCAGAUUCAUCCGAUGAUGAUGAUUCUGAAGAUGAAGCUGGUUGGUUAAGUGUUAUAAACCAACUCAAACUAACUGAUGGUUUUCAGGUUGAUCAUCUCCCUAAUAACCAAGCAAACUGGAGUUCAUUUGUUGUGGAGUCUUUUUAUAAGACUUAUGAUAAGUAUACAAUCGAAGCAGCUCAUGCCGCCAUUGCUGAAUUUAACAAGCUCAAGGGUGCUAAUUUGGAGCUGAAAAAAAUUAUAACUUCGAUAUUUAGUUUAGGACCAAGAGAGUAUUCUUUUACUCUGGAAUGUACGGAUGGGUGUUACUAUGAAGCUAGGGUGUUUAUGGUUGGGAAAGAAAAAUUUGAUCUGACCAUCUUUAGGCCUGCAAAACAUUACCCAAGGCCCACACCCGCAGAGCAUUUGCAGGACAAGCAACUAGCAAGGGAGAUUUGAGUUCAGGUUCAGAUGUGGAAGAAGUAGGUGCAUGUGAAGCUUGAUUGUGUAGAAAGAACUAGGUAGAAAUAGAGACUUUAACUGCACUUUACUCUUUAGUUAAAAGAAAUAAAAUAGUAACAUUCUCAUUCUCACAGAAUUUGGUUUGGUUUUUUCUUGGGUGUCUGUGCAUUUUCCUUGUAAUCUCCAUGACUGUUAUCAUAUGCCUAUCUACCUAAAUUAAUCACUCGUUUAAUCUAUAUAAGUAUUAACCAUAUGUUACAAAA